UGGCUUGACGACCGUUGCUAAGAUGUCUGCGCCGCUCUGCGGGUUUAAACGCGGUUUCUCGGCGGUGUUUCCCCGCAGUCUCCCCGCAUUCCUGCACCGGAAGCAGCCGGCCGCACUUCCUGCCGGCGGACGGCGGUUGUCAUGGAAACAAACAGGGGAGAGUCUGCGGCCACUAGAGGGCGUCAGAGUGCUGGACCUGACACGGGUUCUGGCUGGACCCUUUGCCACCAUGAUACUGGGAGACCUGGGAGCUGAGGUCAUCAAAGUGGAGAGACCAGGUGCGGGUGAUGACACCAGGGCGUGGGGUCCUCCGUUUGUUGGGAAAGAGAGCGCCUACUUCCUGAGUGUCAACCGAAACAAAAAGAGUAUUGCUGUGGACCUUAAACACCCCAGAGGAGUCCAGCUCAUCACAGAGCUGGCAGCAGUGUGUGACGUGCUGGUAGAGAACUACCUUCCAGGGAAACUACAUCAGAUGGGUUUGGGAUACGAGCAGCUGAGCCGAACGAAUCCACAGCUCAUCUACUGCUCCAUCUCAGGGUACGGGCAGACCGGUCCUCAGUCUCAGAGUCCAGGCUACGACUCCAUCGCCUCGGCCGUGUCGGGGAUGAUGCACAUCACCGGGCCGGAGGGCGGCGAGCCGGUGCGGCCGGGCGUGGCCAUGACCGACCUGGCGACGGGCCUGUACACACACGGAGCCGUCAUGGCCGCCCUGCUGCAGAGACACAGGACGGGCCGGGGAGCACACAUCGACUGCAACCUGCUGUCCGCACAGGUUGCCUGUCUCAGUCAUAUAGCAGCCAACUACUUGAAUGCGGGGAAGGAGGCGAAGCGGUGGGGGACGGCACACGAGAGCAUCGUACCGUACCAGGGUUUCAAAACCAAGGACGGUUACAUUGUUGUGGCUGCUGGGAACGACAAGCAGUUUGUCAGAGUGUGUCAAGUUCUGGAUCUCGUGCAGCUGACAGAUGAACCAAAAUACAGAACAAACAAGCUGAGAGUCCAAAACCGCAAAGAACUACUGCACACACUGUCCCAGAGGUUCCUGCAGGAGAAGACAGCUGAUUGGCUGAGGAGGUUCCAGGGCUCAGGCGUUCCUGUCGGACCAAUCAACAGCAUCCAGGAAGUUUUCAAUGACCCGCAGGUGAAACACAACGGUCUGAUCAUGGAGAUGAUCCAUCCAACAGCAGGACACAUCGCUGUGCCAGGCCCGGCCGUGCGUUUCAGCAGCUUCUCCCCCGGCGGGCCGACGCCCCCUCCUCUGAUUGGCCAGCACACCGUGCAGGUGCUGAGAGACACGCUGUCCUACAGUGAUGAUGUCAUCAGGUCGCUGCUGGAGUCGGGGGCGGUGGCCCAGAACGAAGCGUCCUGAUUGGCUGAGAGAGCGGCCGCGUGCGAAAACAACGAGAUUCAAAUGAACCUUCACAGAACAGAUUCCAGAUCAGUUUGAAAUCAAAAA